AUGUCUAAAGGUAAUAGACGACAAGAGAUUAAGAAAAAAGAAGAACUUCAAGCUAAGUUUCAGCUAGCUAUUUCACAUACCAAUAACAAGAUAUUAAAUUGGUUAGAGCCUAAUAACGAAAUUGCACAUAACGAUGAAGAGAAGAACUCAUUUCUUAAUUUACCAAUUAUACCUCAAGGAUCAGGGUUAAGCAAUAUCGAAAAGUCGAAUAAAAGUAUAGGAGACUUCAUAAAUUCUGAUGAAACAAAGUUUAAAAGACUACAGGAUGGAAAUAACUCAAAUAGUUCUUUACGGAAGACUAAUUCUAAACCAAUGAUGGCAUUAAUGAAUAAAAUGAGGAAUACAAAUAGAGAUAAGGCAAAGAGGAAGGGCUUCAAUCAAAAUAUAAAUACUCCCAAACCUAAGGCGAAAAUACAAAAUACUAGCAUAGAUAAUAGUGAUAGUGACGACGAACUGAUAGCUAAAGCCCGUUCGGUCAAAAAAGGCUCAAAUUUAUUAUUCGAGUCAAAAAUUAAGAAGAAAAGGCCGUUUUAA